AUGCCAUUCGAGAGUGGUGAACAAUUUAGAAGACUUUUGCGUGUUGGGAAGCAGUGGGAAAGCAUUCGAGUCCUGCGUAGAGGUAUCAAGGAUAAUUUGUCUGAAAACUUUCGUGACGAAAAUAUAUUAUUUUAUUCAAGUUUUGUUCUUCAGGUGACUCACGUUUGGCAGAAUUCGACUCGAAUCGAGCAGCCAGGCCUCAGACCCGAUGGCUGCUUCUACCACGGCACAGUCAGGGGCGACCCACACUCCGUUGUCUCUGUCAACCUCUGCCAUGGAAUGACUGGACACAUAAGGACAUCAAGCGGCAGUUUCUUCAUAGAACCGGCUGAGAAGUGGCUCGAGAAUCACACAGAUUCAGUCAUUCACCGGCUCUACAGGAUACCUUCGCCGCCGUUUAUGCAAGAGCAGCAUCAACCUGAACCUCACUGUGGUUUAGACGAAACUAUUCAUGUGGACUCCGACGAAGCUAACGAAGAAGGUGAAAUGUCUGACCGUAGAAGAAGAAGAAAACGAUCGUCACAGGAGAACAUAAUUGAAAUGAUGAUUGUUGCCGAUAGGAAAAUGGCCGAAUAUCAUGGAUCAGGACUGAACGCUUAUGUUCUAACUUUGAUGCAUACGUUAUCAAAGAUUUUCAAAGACGCCAGCAUAGGUAACCCAAUAUCGGUGGCACUAGUCAAGUUGUAUGUGUUGAAAGAUGUUGAACUAGCCAAAGUCCUGCCCAACGAGAAGAGGGGAAUUCUGGCCAGUACAAUGUUGAGGAACUUUUGUGAUUGGCAGAGAAAAGUGAAUGAUGUUAAUGAUGGCAGUCCCAAUCAUCAUGAUGCUGCCAUGCUUCUCACCAGGGAGGACAUUUGCCGAACGGAGAAGAACUGCGACACGCUGGGAUUGGCUGAGCUGGGAACCAUGUGCUCUGACUCCAGUUGCGCCAUUGUUCAGGACAAUGGGCUGAGUGCUGCCUUCACUAUGGCUCAUGAGCUUGGACAUGUACUGAACAUGCUGCACGAUGAUGACCAGAAAUGCAUUCCGUUCCAAGGCAUGUCGAACAGGAACCACGUGAUGGCUCGUAUGCUGGACCACAACACCAUUCCCUGGUCUUGGUCUUACUGCAGUCGCCAUUUCCUCACCGAGUAUCUUGAUGCAGGUUACGGUGACUGUUUGCAUGAUGAGCCAGUGAAAGACAUAAUGACGGAGCGCGGCACGAGGACCACUUUCCCGGGCGAAAACUACACCGAAGACGAGCAGUGCGCUCUGGUGUUCGGGCGCGGAUCUAAAAUCUGCCCUUACAUGUCGCACUGCAAGCGACUGUGGUGCACUUCGAACGUGGAGAGCGAGGGCUGCCGCACGCAACACAUGCCGUGGGCAGACGGCACGCCGUGUGGCGAGAACCACUUCAAGGGAUGGUGUCAGCGCGGUGACUGUGUGCCAGUCCAGGCACUUGAUCCCAUCGACGGCAACUGGGGCGAGUGGCAGGGAUGGGGUCCAUGCUCUCGGUCGUGUGGUGGAGGUGUGAAGAAGUCGAAGAGAGACUGCGACGACCCGUCGCCGUCCAAUGGUGGCAAAUACUGCGUGGGAGAAAGAGAGAGAUUCAGAUCCUGCAACACUAAAGACUGCCCGUUGAACUCCCAGGAUUUUAGGGAGGAGCAAUGUGCCCAAUUCAAUUACAAUAAUUUCAGCAUUCAUGGUUUGACAAAAGACGUGCAGUGGAUACCAAAAUACUCUGGCAUUGGUUCUGACGACCGGUGCAAACUGUACUGUCAAGUGGCACAUUCGACGUCCUACUAUUUGCUGAGAGAUAAGGUGGUUGACGGCACUCCCUGUGAACCGGACACCUUUGACAUCUGUGUGAACGGAGUGUGCAUUCCCUCCGGCUGCGACCAUCGUCUCAGAUCCACAACACAGCUAGACUAUUGUGGGCAGUGUGGUGGCAACAAUUCAAGCUGUCAACUAGUGUCUGGUUCUUACAAUAGUUCGCAGCAUGGAUACUCUCAGGUGUUGAGGAUACCGGCCGGAUCAUCCAAUCUUGAUAUACGACAGAAAGGAUGGAACAAUUCAAACAAGGACGACAACUACUUGGCUUUGAAAGAUGGUGAAACCGGAGGCUAUAUUCUGAAUGGCAACUAUGUUGUAAGCAUGUUUCGCAAACUGAUAUUGUAUGGAUCGACCACACUAGAGUACUCGGGAUCGGACGCUGAUGUAGAAAGGAUUAACUCCUCGAGACCUCUCACCAAAGAUCUAAUUAUCGAGGUUCUGUCAGUAGGACCUCUUUACCCUCCAGACAUCUCCUAUCAGUAUACUAUCCAGUACAGCUCACUGGCUCAAUAUGCCUGGCAGAUUUCCGACGAAUGGAGUGCGUGCAAUAAGGUCUGCAAUGGAGAGAGAAGGAAAGUGAUAAAAUGCGUGCGAGUGGAGGGUCGACAAGAAGUGGCGGUGGAGCAUUGCAACGGCCUGAAUGCGCCCUACACACCAGUUCAGUCCUGCAACAAGCACUGCGACCUCAAAUGGCAAGUGAUCAGCCAAUCGGAGUGCUCGAGCCACUGCGGCGAAGGAACGCGAACGCUGACCGUUCAGUGCAUGCAGACGUUCCACGACAAGUCACCCGCCUCCCCCAUCCACAACACGUCCUGCAGUCACAUCGCCUCCAAGCUGGUCGAGCCCUGUCUGGGGCCUUGUGACGCGGCUCAUUGGCAGUACAGCGACUGGGCCAUGUGCUCUAAAAGCUGUGGUACUGGCAUCCAGCGACGAGCUGCUGAAUGCGUGGAUGAUACAGGCAAUCGAGUGGACUCUUCCCUCUGCCAGGAACGAGAGAAAAUUGUUGAGCGUCUCUGUAACACACAAAAGUGCCCAAGAUGGUCUGUUGGAGAUUGGUCCCCUUGUUCAGUAUCUUGUGGUACUGGAGAGAGGCGAAGACCCUACUGGUGUUUGCAAGAUAAUUUAUCGGUAGACCAAAACUAUUGCGCUCCCGAAUCAGUUCCUCACCAUAAAGAAGUUUGCAAUCUGGAGCCCUGUCCCGAAUGGAUAACAGAGAGUUGGUCUCAGUGUUCGGUGAGCUGUGGUUCGGGCGUGAAGAGUCGAGUGGUGAAAUGCAGUAGCAGCAUGGAAGACGAAUGCACGGGCAGCAAGCCCCCCACCACCGAGUCCUGCUUCAUGCAGUCGUGCACCUUCGGCCACGAGAACGCCAUCCCCGUCAUCAACAGCCUCAUUCACUUCUCCUGGCAGGCACGCGAUUGGUCACAGUGCUCGGUAACGUGUGGAGGUGGCUUAUACAAGCGUCACGUGUACUGCUUCGACCAGCUGAAGGGCAGAGAGGUGAAUCCCCUGCAUUGCGAUGGCAUGGAGAAGCCGUCUCCCAUCGGCAAGUGCCAAGAACAGCCUUGUCCAAUUUGGGUCAUGGCAGAGUGGAGUUCUUGUUCGGCUUCUUGUGGCCAGGGUGUUGAAACAAGAGUCGUGCGCUGUAUGGACGAUGGAAGGGAAACGGAUGAUUCGGCCUGUUCCAGUAAUAAACCGAGUGUGAAGCGGAUGUGCUCACACCAUUGUGCAAUUCAGCAUUCGCCUUCAAAAUGGCGGACUGGGUCGUGGAGUGAGUGCUCUGUGGUAUGUGGAGGAGGCUUUGCCAGCCGUCAGGUGGUUUGCAUGCGAGACAAUGACAUCCUGGCUGACAACUGUGACGAGCGGAAGCCAGUCGACAAGGUACCUUGCAACCUGCACGCCUGUGUGGGAGCCGAGUGGAAGUUUGGACCUUGGUCGAAGUGCAACCAAACAUGCGGUGGCGGCUACCAACAUAGACAGGUGCAGUGUCGCAGCCUGAAACGCGGCACCAAGAUGGCGGACAAAGCUUGCCCCGCCCACCUGCGGCCGGCCAAUAAGCAGCCGUGCAACACAGCCGCAUGCAACCGGCAACUGCUCUACAAGUGGAAGGCACUGCCUUGGGGCCCUUGUUCGCGCACAUGCGGUAGAGGCGAACAUUCGAGAAGAGUAGAGUGUGUGUCGGUGAGCACACAGCUAGCAGUGGACGAGAGCCACUGUGACGCAUCAGGCCACAAAAAGCCAAAAUGGCUGCGAACCUGCAAGCUUGGUCCCUGUUUUGUCGAGUGGAAGGCCGGAGAGUGGUCUCAGUGUUCUCAUCCAUGUGGUAAGAAAGGAAGACAAACUAGACGGCUGUACUGCAUCAACACUGUUGAUAAGAGGAAUGUGGCCAGAAGACAUUGCAAUCGAUUCCAGAAACCGAAACGAAAGAGGAAGUGUCCUGAAAAAUCAUGUGGCUAUCUGACAUGCAAAGAUAUACAAGAUACAGGAGCAAGAAUCGACAAGGAAUAUACAUUGAAUGUCGCCGAGCGAAAUAUAUCGAUUUAUUGUCAUAACAUGAACACUGUACAACCAGUUGAAUAUUUAACACUGCCAGCUAGGAAGAGGGAGAAUUUCGCUGAAAUUUAUGAUUGCAGGUUUGUUCCAAGAUAUAUUUCGAAUAUGAAAAUUGAUCAUUUUCUGCAUACAGAGUACAGUAUUUAUAAUGUGUUUGUUGAUUGUUGUGCAGAGAAAGACUGGACGUUCUCGUACCAGGUGCGAGGCUCGAGAGUGGCGUUCGGCGAGGCGGGUGACUGCUACAGCCGGGCCAAAUGUCCGCAGGGUCGCUUCAGCAUCAACCUGUCCGGGACGGGGCUCAGGGUGUCGCCUGCCACCGAGUGGAAGAGCAUGGGACCCUAUUCCACCCAAAGGAUAACCAGGAUAGAGGGUCACCGACGAGUGAUUGGCUACUGCGGUGGUUACUGCGGCUCAUGUAGUCCAAUAAACGGCCUCAAACUGGAUGUACUACCGCCAUAGUUAGCUACCAGAUCCGGCAGUUACUAUGCCAUGGAGUAAGAUCUCAUCAGUGGUUGACUUAUGACUAGUAAAUGCAUGAGCCAUGUGAUAAUAGUCACAGCGAUUCCAACAUAAGACCACCGCAAAGAAGCUUGCAAGCCAGAAAUCGGAAUAAGGGCGAUUUAUUCCAGAAAUAAUAAGCGUUGCGUUGGUAAAUGAUUUACAAGUACAUAGUUGCUAAAAUCCACUAUUGUAUGAUUGACUUUGAACUGUCAGUAUUGUUUAAAUUCGAAGCAUUGAUGUUAUCCAUAGGAAAUUCUGACAGUUUAAAUUAAAUCUGACUAUUGUAGGUGAAUACAAGUCAAGUGGAUUUGCCUCUUAUCCAAAGUUAAUGCGUGAACAGUGUCUUAAGUAUCUUGAAAUGAGUAACAAGAAGGAACAUGUAGCAAUCAUUUGUGGAAGUUGUAGUAUUUGAAAAUGUCGCUUAUUGUCAUUUCCAGAAUUAUUGCAGAUCUGCCAUAGUCACAGUAUGCAGUAACACAGUAUUACAGAGUAGGUACCUAGUAGUUUCUAAUUCAGUAGCAGAUGAAGCGUAUAACUUAUCCACACACUGCCAAAUUUUACUAUACAUACUAAGUUUUUCAGUAUCAGAUUAAAGAUGAAUAGAAUGAAUGCAUUCUAUCUACCGUGAAUUACAUAAGUAUCAUAGUAUCAAGUUAAUAUUUUACUUUCAUAAAUAAUUUUCAAUUCAACAACAUUACCAAGACAGUCUCUAAUGUUACCGUAUCAAUUCUUUACAAUAGUAUCUACUCCAUUCUAACUUGUUAAUACCAUCGAGGAUAAAUGGAUGAAUGAUUAUGUACGCAUGAAAAUUGAUGAGGUUCGACAUGAUGCUGUGUUAGUUUUGCCAUGUUUUUCAAAAGGUACUCGAUAUUGAUUGAAUCGAAUGUUAAUCUUGAAAUAAGGGUGAAUUUGACAAAAUGGUGUAGGCCUAGUGAGUCAUGCUCAUGAGCAGUCAUAACCACGAUAUAGAGCAAUGAGAGAACUGGAUGAUGUUGCGAAUUAAGAUAAUUAUUUUAUACAAUAAGAGUUGUGUCCCAGUAUUACUAAAUUUCUAUUUAUAUGUUUAAUGGUUUUUGUGUUCAUUGUAAAUGAUAGUCAAUUGAUUGUAAGAUAGUAGUAUAAAUUAAUAAUAAUUGAUUGUUGUACAGUUUGUUUAUUAUUUGUAUAUUUUUGUAUUAUUUCUUGUGUAUGAUAUUACAUUUCAUCUUCAAUUAGGUUUUUCGUUGUUGUUCCUGUGGUGACAAUAAUGUAGGAUUUUUUAUUUUGUCUGUAAAAAGUUAACACGAUAUUGAUAUAGUCUGCAUUUAUUAAACAGUUACAAUGCUGUCAUUUGUAUAGCAGUAAGUCUUUAAUAAUCAUUAGGCUAUAUUUAUGCAGUUCUAGAGACAGUUGUUUUUAAUAUGUAAUAGACGAUCACAUUGAAUGAGGCAAAAUCUCAAUAAAUAGCAACAUCAUACAUUUUUGUCCGAUAUUGGAAUAAAAGUCUUCCUAUUACUAGCCCAAAUCGCUAGCACAAAAGUUGAAAUUUUUCAGUAUAUUUCAAUCAUUCUGAAUAUUUGAUAACUCUUGUAUACAUACAAAUAGACAAUAAAGUAUUCGCAGUGGCAUUAAAGUAUGAAAAACUUAGAAAAUGAGAUAUAAUUUCAGUCAAUAUUUUAUGGAAUCUUUAGCAUUUUAUAUAAUAUUUGAUGUGUUAGAAUAGGUGCCUAAUGAAAUAGUCCACUAAACUUCUCGACUUAUCUUUCAGUGAUUGAAAUCUUUUCUCUUCUCACUUUAAUUAUCUCCUCAUAUCCUCCAUUUCAUUAUCUUGAUUAUUCACUCCAUAUUUUUUCUUUGGUUGUGUCAUCUUCUCCCCUAUCUAUAUUUCUUCGAUACUCAGUAUUCUAAACGACUUCUUAUUGCAACAGUAUUCUUGUAAACUUUCUCAUAUUUAUAUGAUGAGAAUUGUUUAUUCUACUUGAAAAAAAUAUUAUAUAAAACACUCUUCACAUUAUUUCCCUCUGAUAUACUAUUUUAAUCUUCCUUAUUCAUAUAAGAAUUUUCUAAAAAGUCUUUGAUAUAAUCACUCUACUGACCUAUUCAAGUAUUAUUUGUUAUUUGCCUUUUAUCAUUGAAGUAUUAUAGUUGAAAUAUUCAUGUAUAAAUUGCUGAUAUUAUCGAUAGAUAGAAUUCUUCGUGAUUCACUGCCACUAGGCUACUUUACGAUUAAUUCAAAUAACUAAAAGAAUUGAGACAAAUACAAAUACACUGCCCAAUAUAUUCUCUCUUCUGAAAAAUCGCAGACGUUUAGUACCUUCCACUGCCAUUUGUUAAUAGAAGAUUGAUCGAUUUGAGAUGAUGGGUUUUCUUGAGUACCAUUAUUAUGAAUCUACAUUAUAAUAAUAUGUAUAAACUAUCAUAAUCAAUAAAGGUAAUUUAAAUUUUCGAAAUUAAUGGUAUGUUAGAAAUUAAUCUUCUACACUCUUCAUUGAUAAUGUAUAAAAAUGAUAUUACUAGAGAAUAAUUCGAACUCUUUGAUGACAAUAUUAGAAUAAUACUAGGAUACUUCUAAGAUCAAUUGGCCAUCAUCAAUUUAAUGAUAAUAAUUGUGGAGAUAUACUCUCUCUAUUGUCUAUUCUGUAUUUAGCAUCACUCUAUCUUGCAAUUUCUCCAUCUGAUGUAAAUAUUUAUUGAUCCCUUAGCAGAAUGAUUUAUCAUAAUUUACCAUUACACGAGCGUAUUAUUAUUUAUGUUGUAAUUUAUUAAUAUUUAGUAUUGAGAUAAUAAUGUAUUAAUAACGUGGAUGUACCUGAAACACUUGUAUGUAGUGGUUAUAUUAUAAUAAAUUUUAAUCAAUAUGUAAGUUGGUAACUUAGCAAGAAAACUCUUAAUUUAUGAAAUAUAGAAUGAUGAAACCAUAAAA